AUGUUGAAGAGUCCGUUUUCGAUAUUCUGCAAAAAUUUACAAGAAACCAGCACCUUUAUCUCGUUGGUUCUAAAUGUCUACCUGAUUAUUCUCAUCGUAUACAAGUCUCCAAAAAAGAUUGGAAACUAUAAAUACCUGAUGAUUUAUAUCUGUGUUUUUGAGAUACUGUAUACCAUAUUGGGAGUUAUCACAAAACCGUUCGUCCAUUCCUACACCUCCCGAGUCAUUGUCAUUGUCGAUGUCAAGAAUUCAAUGUUCAGUAGAUCAGUGAACAAGAUUCUCAACAGCCUCAUCUGUGGUUUCUAUGGCUGCUCUGUCUCGAUCUUCGCUAUUCAUUUCAUGUAUCGCUAUGGAGCUUUGGAUAAGUCUUAUCAGAAACAUUUUAAAGGAUGGAAGAUGUUUGUUUUAUGCUGCAUUCCCAUUUUCUACGGAAUCAUUUGGGGACUCACAAUGCAUUUUAUUUUUGAAGAAGACAAAGAGUUCACAGAAUUCAUUAGAAAAGAUAUUUGGGAUUUAUUUGAGCUUCCAGUAGAAGAUAUAGUGUACACUGGAUCCUAUUACUAUCCAGAAGACAAAAAUGGUAUUCAAGCUAUGAAUUGGCGCGCAGCCGGAGGGAUGGCUGUGCUCUGGUUCGUCAUUGGAUCCUCAACUAUAACUGUCAUAUAUUUUGGUUUAAGCUGUUAUUUUAAAAUCAAAAAUGUCUCAAAAGUUUCCGGUGGAGGUUUCUCGAAAAGUCUUCAGCGUCAGUUAUUCAGAGCUCUUGUAAUGCAAGCAGCUAUUCCUCUACUCCUUCUCUAUAUUCCAUGUUCCAUAGUUUUUGUCUGCCCCCUUAUUCAGAUCGAUCUGGGUAAUAUGAGUGCAUUUAUAAGCGUUUCUGUAGCUAUAUACCCUGCAAUUGACCCACUUCCCACAUUGAUUGUUAUCAAAAAUUAUAGAAAAGCGACCAUUGACCUAUUCAAAAAGACUGCAAAGCUCCUUCGCGAGUCUCCAGAAUCUACAUCGUCUCUUAUUCGAACAUAG